AUGGAACCGUUGUUACUAUUAGCGUGUAUUAUAAUUUGUAUUCUAUGUUUUCAAAAUAUCUACGUUCAACUAAAAAGACCUGGAUCACUUUUAAUCUGGUAUAGCAUUUCCAAUUCACUAAUAGCUCUCUCAUAUGUGAUAGCUGGAUUUACUUUACCUAAUGAUUUUAAAGUAAAUAAUGCUUCCACAUCUCAACAUAUUUGGUGUGGAUUAAGUGGCUUAUUAUACUCUUUAACUUCAAUUUCAAAUGCUGGUGUAGCUUUAGCACUUUCAAUUGAAUUAUAUGUUUCUUUAAGAUUAACGAACCUAGCAGUUAGACAAAAUAUUUGGAUAAAAAGAUUAAAUUGUUCAUUAAUUUUUUGUAUACCAGUGAUUGCAAUUUUAUUAAGUGUUAUAAUAUUAAUAAUAAGUCAUGAUCGAAUUUUCGAAACUGCUGAUGCUGGAGGGAUUUGUCAAGUUUCUACACAUGGAUCAGAAGGAAUUGCUUUACUUUGCUUAAGAGUUUUACCGGAAUAUUUACCUAUUUAUCCUUCUGGCGUUUUAUCAGUCCUUGCAAUAAUCCCCGUAGCAAAAAAAGUAUUUACAUCAGCUCAAUUAAGAGAAAGCAUUUCAAUACAAUUAUCAGUCAGAAAAACAAAAUCUCCUCCUCCUACUCUUCCUACACGUGCUGGUCCACCACCAAAUCCAACUUCCAAUACAAAAUUACUUCCUCGUAAUGUAUUAUUACGAAUGGGACUUUGGAAUACUCAUUGGCCAGCAGUAGAACCUUUCUUAGCAAAAAAUGGAAGUACGAUACAUAUGUGUUUGAAUAUGGGAUUGUUUUUGUUAUGUUUUGGAACGGGUGAAUUCGCGAAUGAACAAUACCGUAAAUUAUGGACAAAGAUAUUUGGCAAAAAUAAAGAACCUAAAAAACGUCCUAAUGAUUUCUCAAUCCCUUCACCAACUCACAAUCGAAUAAGUCCCACCAUUUCCGAUACCAUCACUACAAACACAUCAAUAUCUUCUCCCACCCGAGUUAUUUUUGACAAUUCCAACAAAUAUAUAUCAACUUCAAAUUAUUAUUAUCCACAGCAACAAUAUAGUCAAUGUUAUCCACCUGGAAUAUCAGUAAUAACAUUAGAUCCUCGAUAUCGACAAACUACUCGAAAAACAUCAUUAGCUACAUCAAUUACCACCAUCGAAAUACGUAAUCAACAACAAAAUGAUUUGCCUAUAGAAUAUGUUAUGACCAAAAAUAAAAGAAAUAGGAAAAGUCAUAAUAGUCAUAAUACAAAUAUUUUGAGUAUAUAUGAAGAUGAUGAAAAUAUUGAAAAUAAUGAAAAUGUUAAAGAGAAUUUGAUUAUUGAAGUUGAACAAGCGAUCUUAGAGGAAUUAAAGAUUUCGAUUGAAACAAAAAUUACCUUCCAAACUUGA